AUGGCAACUCUAUUUUGCCUUCUAACUUGUUUGCUUGGCGUCUGCAGCGACUUCGUGUCAAUUACGGUUGCAGUGGACCGCAGGCCAUAUUUGGACUUUAUGAAUCAAACAAUUGGAUCAACCGUGGAGUUACACUGUGGAAAUCAACGUUCGUUUUUCAAACUGGAUUCAGAAGCGGAAUGCCUUCUGCACCGAUGGUCCUAUGAUCCCCAAACAAUGGAAUUGACGUGUGUAUGUAAAAUGCGCGCCGUGAAGAGCGAGGACAGAACGUUACUGCAAGUCGGCGAUUCACGAGCCAUUUUCGCAAUCCCGGAACAUCGAUUUGUUGAGCUUGACAUUGUCGGCCAAGGCUCGUUCGCAUACGAAUUGGAAAUUUUGACGACUUCGGACCAUAAGGAUACUGUACUUUCUCUGUUCCCCCACAACAAAACAAAUGGUAUCGCCUUGAUUUCCAAGAAAUGCGACUCAGUAGAAAACCAGACCAAUAUUGAAUUUUGUUUCACAGUGCAUGGCAAUAGAGAGAUGGUUACGUGGGAUUAUCCAGAAAACUGGAUCGGACCAGUGCGAUAUCUCAGAAACAUGGCCUACGAUCCGAUUACGACUAUUGUUCGAGUUGCUGGAAUCUAUUGGCCGAAGAAGCAGUCUGGUAACAGCGCGCCGCUUCACGUGGACACGGUCAUGACAGUCGGGGAUAGCAAGGCCGAUCAUUGCGCGAUUUUUUUCGAAAAGACAAGAACAAUGUAUUGGGAAUGGUUAAUGAAAUGUCGUGUGGAAUUCAUUGAAGAAUCGGUCAUAAAUCCUUCGAGCUUCCUAGUAAAACUGAACUUGCUGAUGCCAGCAGAAAUGGGCGACAACCCGAUAACAGAAUUGACGAAUCUGAAGCUAGCAAAAAGCUUGAAGCCGCGUUACGGAACCUGCAUGUUUCCUGCACAUAUGCGACAGGAAGCUGCCUUCUAUGUGCCUCCUCGCGCGCCUCUGACUGGAAAACCCUUCGGUGAGUCAAACCACAGUUCGGUAGACUGA